UCUCGGCAGUGCACAACCACUUCAUGAGUUUUGAAACGCGACGCAAUCUAGUUGCUUUCAUCAUUCUCAAAAGUUUUCAUCAUUAAACGCAACCAAGAAACAUGGAUUUCUUGGAGUAUCCCGACAUCACCGCUGAGGUUAAGGGUGCCAUGACACCUGGAAGACUUAAGAUGACGGACCAGGCUUUAAUAUUCAAGAAUCAAAAAACUGGAAAGGUGGAGCAAAUAUCUGCAUCUGACAUGGAAAUGGUCAAUUAUCAAAAGUUUGUUGGAACUUGGGGUCUACGAAUAUUCUUGAAAAACGGAACCCUCCACAGAUUCAGAGGGUUCAAGGAGGGCGACCAAGAAAAAAUUGCCAAGUUUUUCAAUAGUAACUACAAGAAAGACAUGUUGGAAAAAGAACUGAGUUUGAAAGGUUGGAAUUGGGGUACAGCUAAGUUUUAUGGCUCAGUUUUGAGCUUUGAUGUUGGCCACCACACUGCUUUUGAAAUUCCUCUUUACAACGUGUCUCAGUGUACCACUGGAAAAAACGAAGUCACCCUUGAAUUUCACCAGAAUGAUGAUGCUCCUGUAAGUUUACUAGAAAUGAGAUUCCACAUUCCAGUUAGUGAUAAUAGUGACAAAGAUUCUGUAGAGCAAUUCCAUAAAGAAGUAAUGGAAAAAGCGUCAGUUAUUAAUGUUAGCGGAGAAUCAGUAGCACAGUUUAAAGAAAUACAAUGUCUCACGCCUCGUGGCCGUUACGACAUAACAAUCUUUCAAACAUUCUUCCAACUUCAUGGUAAAACUUUUGAUUACAAAAUUCCUAUGUCUACAGUUCUUAGAUUGUUCUUGUUGCCACACAAGGAUAAUAGACAAAUGUUCUUUGUUGUAAGUUUGGACCCACCUAUCAAACAAGGCCAAACUCGUUACCAUUAUUUAGUUUUACUUUUUAACCAAGACGAUGUGGUAGAGAUUGAGUUGCCAUUUUCAGAAAAAGAACUAUCAGAAAAGUACGAGGGUAAAUUAUCAAAAGAAAUGAGUGGUCCAACUUAUGAAGUUAUGGGUAAAGUGAUGAAAGUUAUAAUUAACAGAAAGCUAAUUGGUCCUGGAAGCUUUCAGGGAACUUCAAAUACACCUGCAAUUGGUUGUUCAUACAAGGCAGCGGCAGGUUACCUGUAUCCAUUAGAAAGGGGAUUUAUGUAUGUUCACAAGCCUCCUAUUCACAUACGCUUUGAUGAAAUCAGUUCUGUCCACUUUGCUCGAAGCGACACUUCAACGAGAUCGUUUGAUUUUGAAAUCGAAUUAUCAGCUGGUACAAAACACAUUUUCAGUAGUAUCGAAAAAGGAGAGUAUGACAAACUUUUUGACUACAUAAAUACGAAGAAACUACGUAUUAAGAAUAGAGGCAAAGGCGAGAAGUCAGGUUACAAUGACGACUUUAGGGGCAGUGAUGAAGAGGUUGAACCUGAUGCAUAUUUGGCAAGGGUCAAGGCUGAGGCUCAGGAAAGGGAUGAGGGUGGUGAUGACGAUGAUGAUGAUGAGUCCACUGAUGAAGAUUUCAAGCCUGCAGCAAAUGAAGAAAGUGACGUUGCUGAAGAAUAUGACAGUAAUCCUAAUGAUACAUCAGAUAGCGAUGAUUCAGAUGCAUCAGGUGGUAGUGGCAAGAAAGAGAAAAAAGAAAAGAAAGAAAAAAAAGAGAAGAAGUCCAAGUCCGCUAAGACAGUCUCCGAAAAACCAAGGAAGCCUCGUAAGCUAAAGAAAGAAAGGGAUGAAAACAAGCCCAAGAGACCAGCUAGUGGUUAUAUGUUAUACUUGAAUAGUGUACGGGAAGAAAUUAAAGCCAAAUAUCCUGAUUACAAAGUUACUGAAAUAGCCAAAAAAGGUGGUGAGAUGUGGAAAGAACUAAAGGACAAGUCUAAGUGGGAAGAAAAGGCUAACAAGUUAAAAGAAGAAUAUCAAGAAGCCAUGAAAGAGUACAAAGCCAGUGGUGGUGGUGCUGCUGCUUCAAAGGAAUCCAAGCCCAAGAGCAAGUCCGAAAAGAAGCCUACUAAGAAAAAGGAAGUGGUAAAGGAAUCUCCAACGAAAUCCGGAUCAUUCAAGAGUAAAGAGUAUAUCAGUGGUGACGACAGUAGCAGUGGUGAAGAGGAUUCUGAAAAGAAAAGUGAAAAACGAAAGCGCUCUUCCAGUGACGAAAGCGACAAUAGUGACAAGGAAGAAAAAGAACAGUCUUCAAAAAAGACUAAAAAACCUAAGAAGGAAUCAGAAUCAGAGGCUAGCGCUGCAGAAUCUAACGAAGAAGAUAGCAGUGGUGCAUCAGAUAGCGACUAAAAAUAUGGUUAUACACUGGAUGUAUACAACCAAUAAUUCGUCAGUUGCGGCGUUCUAUUUGUGUAUAAAGAUUUUGCGUAUGUUCAAAACGCCUUCAUGUAUAUUUAAGAUUUUACCAGUUCUAAGUAAUUUAAAUAAUUCUUGGCAUUAACAUUUUUUCACGCAGUACCUUUUCAUAAUUAUAGUUUUU